CACCAUGGAUACCUCCGAGAAGCCCAAGUCAAUGGCCCCUGGGCUGAACAGCGAGGAGAAGGAGGAGGUGGAGGAAGAAAAGGAGGAGGAUGAGGAACAUGUGACCAAGGAGUCUAGUUAUGCUGUGAGCCAGGAUCUGUUUGAGACUCCACAGUCCAGUCAGUCCCGGCUAUUGAGCACGGGCAAGCCCAGUGCAAAGGAAGGGAUCUCAGAUGAGGAGAAAGAAGAGGACUCAGAAUGAUAUGUUCAAUGAGAUCCUGCAAGCCAGUUCUGCUGCAGCAGACCAUGAGCACAGGGCCUGGAGAGUGAAUGUUUCAGACAGCGUAGAGAAGGAAAGAGUGGACCGAAGAAAGGUCGAGGAGUCCCAACAGGAAAAGGAGAGGGAGAUGCAUCAGGACAUAAUGGGGCUUCUCUGACACAAACACAGAUGCUGCAGACUCUUGUGGACCUACAGGUUAAAAAAUCAAGGGCUCGCCUCCCUUUGCAAUCCAUGGAGAACUCAUUACAACACCCUCCUGUAUGCCCCAUCAACAUUCCACAUGGUAUCAGGGGCCACAUCCCUAACCCCUACCACAGAGGACAAUAAGGACAAUCACAGCUUCACAUACACUGACCUGGGAAAGCCAUGGUUGCUGUAGGUGUAGGUAAAAUGGACAUGAAUGUUCUUUCCUCUUAAGUUCUG